AUGCACAGCAUGAGCGCGGCAUCGCAGGGUAUGACGAUGGGGCCAUCGCCGGGCAAUCCGAACUCUUCUUUGGAGAUCUCGAGAAGCUCACGGAAGACUAGAGUGUUGAUGUACGCUAAGGGAAGUACAAACCGGACGCGGUCGCUGGAGUACACUACGAAGCUUCCUUUGACGGGAAAAGAAGAGGGGUAG